AUGUUCAGCCUGCCGUCCUUAUCAGCCACCAUCAGGUCGCUCAACGCGAUGGCGGCUGCGCGGCCGGUAGCCUUUGGCGCCACCAGCGCGGCAGUCAAGACUACGGCAGCCGACGUGCUUGUGCAGACGGCAGUGAAGGGACGGUCGUUGGAGACGCUCGACCUCCGGCGAACGGCGGUCUUCACCCUCUUUGGCGGAGGCUGGAUGGGCUUCGGGCAGUACUACCUCUACUGCCGGCUGUUCGAGCGGCUCGUCCCGGGGACGACAGCCCUCGCCUCGGCCGGCAAGGCGGCGCUGGACCAGCUCGUGCAUGUGCCGCUCCUCUACUUCCCACUUUUCUACUCUAUCGACGCGCUGCUGCAGGGCGCGUGGGCGCGAGGCGUUGCGUGCGGCGUGGAGCACGUCCAGCACCGGCUGAGGACGGAGUUGAAGGAGUCGCUCUAUGCCAACUGGAGCCUCUGGCUGCCCGCCUCCUUUGUGGGCUUCCGGCUGGUGCCGCCUCACUGGCGCAUCCCGUACGAGCGGCCAGCGCUGAGCAGCUAUGAGAUCAUCGUAUUUUUGUUGGAGCGAGUAUUUAUUCCGUGGCGCUUGCAAGUGGCGCAGCGCGCGUGGUGUAUCAUCACUGCCUAA